AUGUCCUACAUUGAUUCCCUUUUCGGUCUCUCGGGCAAGACGGCCCUCUGUACUGGUGCGACCAGGGGCAUGUAAGUUCAACCACCUUGUCCACGCCGCCGUCACCGGUCCAAAAGAGCUUCCCCCAGAAACUGACUGGGAACUUCCUACACGUCCUUGCGAACCCCAACGUCGAUUACGCACAGUGGUCAAACUAUGGCGCUCGCUUUGGCUCGGGCUGGAGCUGAUAUCGUCCUCGUUCAAGUAAGUAAUGAGAUAGGGCUGGUCGUAGUCAGGCAUGGGACGACAAGAGAAACGGGCGUCACCCCCCCACCAGAUCAAGAUUUCCCCACCCCACCCUUCUCGUUCGCCGUGAAACUUAAAGAAUGCCCGACGCUGAUCCAUUCCCUCUCGCAUCGUCCGCCUUAGAGGAACAAGGAGAACCUCGAGACGUACAACAAGAUCAAGGCGCUCGGUCGACAAGUCGACAUCGCCGUGUGCGAUCUCAGCAACGACGUCGAGGUCAAGGGACUCGUCAAGCAGGUCGUUGGAUCUACGUCCGAGGGCGGGUUGGGGAAGGAGAUUGACGUUUUGGUCAACUGCGGUGGUAUUCAGAGAAGGUACGUUUCGUCUCUAACCGCAUGUGGUAGUUCAAUGGGACGCAUGCAUCCGGACUGAAUUUUUCCGAAACGCGCCUCCCCCGACCAGAACACCGGCCGAGAACUUCUCCGACGGCGACUGGAAUGACGUCUUGCAAGUCAACCUCAACGCUGUUUGGACCUUGGCGAGGGAUGUCGGGCGUCACAUGUUGGAGAGCCGAGGUGGUGUGUCGGGAGAAGAGGCGCCGAAGACGGAGAACCCUCGCGGACGAGGCAAGAUCAUCAACAUUGCCAGUCUCCUGUCUUUCCAAGGUGCGUUACGGAGGGUGUCGCAGCCUGGAGUAAAUGAACUAUCGGGGUUCUGACAUGAUUGAAAUCCUCGAACGACUCUACAGGUGGUUUGACCGUUCCCGCUUACGCCGCGGCCAAGCACGGGGUCCUCGGUCUCGUGAGUUUGACUUUGUGCGGUUCUUCAGAGAUCACAUGGGCAGAGCUGACCUGGCGCAUUUUCGAGGAUUGUGUAGGGCAAAGCCUUGGCCAACGAAUGGUCUGCCAAGGGCAUCAACGUCAACUCGAUCGCACCCGGCUACAUUGCUACCGAUGUUCGUCCUUUCUCCCCCUCUCUUGCCCCCCCUCUCUUUUCCCCCACCUCCAGCAGUCGUCUACUGGGGCCUUUUUGCUCUGCAGCAGCUAGAGGUCAAUGGCUGACCUAUUGGGGUAACCCUGAAACAGAUGAACGAAGCCCUGAUCGCGAACCCGACGCGCUCGCGCCAAAUCAUGGAAAGGAUACCCGCGCAAAGGUGGGGGGCGCCGACGGACUUUGAAGGCGCGGUCGUCUUCUUGGCCAGUCGAGCGAGUGAUUACGUUUGUGGGGAAUGUAUCACCGUCGAUGGUGGAUGGAUGGGGAGGUAG